AGAUUUGCACCAUAAGCAAACAGUAUCGGAAUGAGGCUUUGGCUGUUCAGUGUAAUUGCAAUUGGCUUCUGCUGGAUGAUGGGCCAGACCGCGAAGAAGCAUUUUGGCUUGGAAGACGGCUGCGUGAAGAAGAACAUGUAUAUGCACGAGAGCGCCUGCCCGGGCCCAUAUCGCAUCUACUUUGCCUUCCAUCGCGUAAUCUUCGACUGCAUAAAAGUCCGUACGAAGUGCCCCCGUAUAUACAAAUACAACGAGUAUAAUACCCUAAAGGAGUGCCAAACGGACUGCGCCUUGCUUAUGGUGCCGGUGAUUAAGAAUGAUGAUGUAACUGAAUCUGAACCUGAAACUAAAAAACCCGAAGAUAACGGCGACCCAUAAAUGACCCAGAGAAAGGGAAUGGAACGGAAACGCCAACAUAGCACAACCCAAAUGUAAUUGUGCUGCAACUUAGGAUAAGUUAGGGAUACAAAUUCGUCUUACUUUCGAUAGAUAACAUCGCCAGGUGUGAACUCGAUUCGUAUAAAUAUGUGUAUGUGUCAGAGCCAUGCUUAACCCGGCAAUCGAUUCGAAUUGGUAUUCGAUUCGGUUGGUCAGUUAGAAUCAGCGGCUCAGUUUUCUCAUUACAUCGAGUCAUUCAACCACAA